GAGCAAAUUGAUUCGGUAGAUAAGAAGAUUGGGGCAAAAAGUCGAAAGUGCGAGAUUUCUCUGCAAUUUCCAGAGCUCCAAUUCUACACGCAUCAGUUCCCACCGAGAAUAAGACGGGGAACCUCACUUCGAUUCGGGCACGGUCCCAUCGGAGAUCGGCCAUGGCCGCCUCCUCCGCAGGAAAACCUCCUUCCGGUGCUUCGUCGUUCUCCUAUCCCAACCGGUUCAACUUCUUGGCCAAUUCCACUCCGCCGAAACUCGCGCUUACUCCGGAUCAGUACAGCUACUGUUGCCAAGCUCUCACACUCCUCAAGGAGAAGCUACAGAAUUCCGAAGGAAUCGUACAAGAGUUCAUUAACUUACAGAAUGAAAGAAUCAGACCAUCCGAGAUGGCAAGAAGCUGCACUGUGGCUCUUGAUGGUGUCAAUCAGAGCAAAAACAGAUACAUGGAUGUUUUACCAUUUGACAGGAAUAGGAUUGUUCUUAAUCCAUGUAAGGAUUAUAGACCGUCAGCAAGAGGAUAUAUCAAUGCAAGCUUCAUCAAGACUUCUUCAUCUGAAAGCAUUUCUCAAUUUAUAGCCACACAAGGUCCAUUGCCACACACAUAUGAAGAUUUCUGGGAGAUGGUAAUCCAAAAUCAUUGCCCCGUCAUAGUGAUGCUUACUCGGUUGGUUGACAAUUACAAGAAGGUAAAAUGUGGGGAUUAUUUCCAAGCAGAAGAUGGCCUUCGAGAAUUUGGUAAUAUAUGCAUUCUUUCAAAAUGGUUAAGAACUACUAACACAUCACUGGUGUUGCGUAACUUGGAGAUAAACUAUAAAGAGUCUGAGGAACUGCCCAUAUCUGUUUUGCAUAUUCAAUAUCCUGAAUGGCCGGAUCAUGGUGUUCCCAGGGAUACACUUGCUGUUCGUGAAAUUUUAAAAAUAAUGUAUCAUGUGCCACCCAGUCUUGGUCCUAUAGUGGUGCAUUGCAGUGCAGGGAUAGGGAGAACUGGAACAUAUUGUGCAAUUCAUAACACCAUUCAGAGAAUCCUUCUUGGUGAUUUAUCCGCAUUAGAUCUUGCAGAUACUGUGGCCAAAUUUCGGUCUCAGCGAAUUGGAAUGGUUCAGACAAUGGAGCAAUACUUCUUCUGCUACAAAGCAAUCCAUGAUGAAUUGGAAGACCUCACAGCAGAGUUCAGUAGUGACAAGAGCUAACACUGUUUGCACAGUAACUAUAGCACUUGAUUGAAACUUGUGCUCUGUAAAGGCAAGCAGGUUAUAUAGAGAUACUUGCUGAUCUUGUUCUGAGGGGAAGAAAUUUAUGCUGAGCGCCUUUCGAUUGAUCUGGACUUGUUCAUCCUUCUAGUUUAGAUAAUAUAACAAGAAAAGCUAGCCUCUCGUUAAAACUUUUGCUGGCAUUCCUGGGAAAUACUAUUGGACUUUUGAGAUUGUGGAUGGUGCUGCUGCAGUUCCUGGUAUUCAGAGUUCUCAUAUUCUGUUUGAUCUCUUUGUAGUUGCAGUAAGUUGUAUGUGAUGUUUGCCAAUAAUUUCAUACAAUAUUUUGUCCCGUUGUUGGGCAAAUUGGCGGAUAUGGGAUUUUUUACAUGCUGAAUUGCUGAUGGCUAGAAGCUAAUGUUACUUCGACUGUAGUUGCCUACCUUCUGCAUUACGAGCUUUAUUGGCAUAUAUAUA